AUGUCCAACCACUUUGUCCCGCAAACGCCUCCCAGAUCAUCGGCCUCGCACAAGAAACCGUUCUUGUACACGCCCAAGACCCCCCAUGAUAGCUUUUCCAAGAAGCUCCAGGCACGCACGCCGGCCAGUACGCGUAUCCUCCAGAACAAACACAUGAUUUCGCCCGAGCAAACCCCCAGAAGAGGUUCCAGAAACCGCAAACAGGACGUUGAUGCGAUUGACUUCGGCGCUAGAUUAGACAUUGGGCCAGCCCCUAAGCUUUUUUUGCCCACGCCAUCCACCAUCGGUUCAGGGCGAGUGUACAAUGCGUUGACCCAACAGGGCAAGACCAACAAACAGGCGCGGCUCCUCAGCGCUCGGACGGGAGUCUUUAUCAGCUCGGACGAGGAGGAGGAGUUGGAGCAGGCGCUUCUGCUCGCAAAGAAAGACACGAUGGCGCAUCCACUGUUUACAGAUCAUUCACUGGUGAAAGAUCUGUUUGAUCCCCCUGGAAGAAAGUUGUCCUUCAGCCAUGCCCGCUCCACAUCACCGCUCGAGUCAUCGCCGUUCUCGUGUCCCGCCACGCCACAGAAGAACAUCAUCACAGACAAGUUGGCGGCGGAGUGGUACGACAAGAACCAAUGGUCAUCGGACGAGGAGGAGGAGGAGGCUCAUAUCAGACGUAAACUGCUUGUCAAUCCGUUCAUUGGCAACGCCAAACCUCCCAGAAGCUCCUUCACGGAUGAGAAAACAUCCAUCACGUAUAUCAACAAGCGAGGCGGAAAGGUUGUACGGCAGUUGGAUGAGCAGGAACGCAAAGAGUAUAGGCCAAAACGACUUAUAUUUGGUGAGUCCAAUGACGACACCCAUCGUUUAAGCGACGACUUUAUGUCGCCUCGCGCGCGGGGACCUCAUUCCAAGUUUGAUGUAUUCCAGGAUUAA